AACACUGUACGCAUAAUGACAUCUUGCAGAAUUAAAAAGAAAAUACUUUCCCAGUUGCUCCUGUAUGCUCUGAAGCCGGAGCAGCUUCUUCUCUAAUGAGCCAUGUUCUGCAAAAUCACAAUCAUUGCCCGGAUCUUUGUGUCCCCAUUUCAAAGCUAUUAUUUCGCAACAUGGAAACAUUUCAAAAUCCCGUGAAUAGUUAUCCGGAUUUCUAGUCAAUCCUUGGGAACACACUGUCUGUUCGUAGGCUCCCUCUCGCUUUCCAUCACCUGUACCGACUAUGCCAUCAUACUGGAGUGCCCACAUUAUCUGUGAGAAGCGGGCAGGAGACCAGAAUUAUCCUGUAUCGCCGUGCAAAAGAAAACCCGAAAACGUGCUUCUUCUGUUACUUGAACCUGCAAUUUCUUGGAAAGGUUUCGGUGGCGCGUCAUGUGCCCUAAAUCCCAUUUCGGGUCAUCUAAGACAACCAAACGUACCAUGUGCGUAGUCCAACCAUCAGCCUCUGUCAUUUGUCUGCGAACUAUAGACACAUGUUUGUACCUUCUGCGAAGAAAUAUAGUCAGGAGGGUUCUGUGUCUUGUAUUAUCAAGAAGGGACUCGCCCGCGUGAAUAUGUAGACUAACAGUAUGAUACCCAGGCUAGCACGGCGCGAUAAUCGUACAUCUGAUGUAUGACUCUCUCGAACUCAUCUUAUAUAUGCUAUGAUCCUCGCUGUUGCUUCUUCGUCUGCUUGUCUUUUUCUGAGAGUACCGUUCUAAUGUCCCGACAAAAUCCUCAGCACUACUAUUACACUUCGAUUACACAGCCAAAACACUGUUACACUCCCAACUCACCAUCUUCGUACCGUCGCUCAGCACCCCCUCAUUACGUUCGUCCACUGCCGUCGUUGAGCAAGUACAAUCCGUUGCCGAGUAUAUCGUCGCUAUCGACACGACGACGACAUGUGUUGGAUAACACUCUCUCCCAAAGAUCGUCACCAUCGCCACCAUCAUCCACAUCCACAUCAUCAUCAUUCUCCAGAUACACAUGGAUCUUCCGUGGAAGAGCUCGUCCGAGUUCGACACGACGCUCGUAGCCCCCGCUACAACAAAGUCCAUGUCAUAGCACCGGGAAGUCAUCAUUCUGGCCAUCUUCACCCUCAUCUACAUCACCACCAUCCUCAUCUUCACCCCCAUUUACAUCCUUUGCACAUGCAUCCUCUUCAUGGACACUCUCACCACCAUCGAAACCAUCACCACCACGACACAUACACACUGCACGGCUCUGGCAGAAGACGGGCAUCACCAGGGCCCCCGCCUCCACCACCGUCACGAAGCCCUUCUUCAUGCCCAUCACCACGGGAGCCAGUUUACAAAACGCAAAUAGUAGAGCCAAGAGUACAGGAAGUCCGGGAAACGACGCGGAUAGCGCUCAGAGAGGGACGUCCUGAGCGAAGAGAUCGGGGCAGAUUGAGAAGAGUGGCUGGAUACGAGGUCCUUGGACGGGAAGUCCCUUGGAAUUGGGACUGCGUGAGUAGUGUCGCUAGCGGGCGGGAUGCGAAUGCAAGCAGAGGUAAGCACGGGAGUAGGAAAGGCAGCGUGGUGUCUCGGUUCCCUCCUUUCGGGACAAUGGAUCAGUGGCUUUAG